AAUUUUCAAAAAAUAAAAUUGCAUGGGGUUAAAACAAAAUUAUUUGAAAUUAUUUUACGGCAUUGUGAUAUUUAAGUUUUAAUAGAAUCAUAUGCAUAAAAAUUCGAUUAAUGCUUUGAAACAAGCUAAAAAAUGCGUACAGUCGUUAUCUUUGUGAUUAAAUCAAAAUCUUUCCUUUGAUAUGAUACUUCAAAACUUCCUGUGUAAUGCACCAAACUGCUCCUGAAUUGUUUGCGGGAACGCGGAAUAAAAUUAUUCCGGUUUGUAUAUAUAAGAGAGUACAUAUUAUAUAUGUAUGGACAUUAUUGAAAAUAUAAAAAUUUUCUUGUCGACUGUAAAAAUAAUAUGCGUAGAUUGAGCAUGAAAACCAAGCGUAGCAAAUCUGAAACUAGUGGUAGCGAUUCUGAGGAAAAUGGCGUCAGGCAUUUAACCAUAAGCGACAAUAACGACGAAAUGAAGAAAGGAAAGGAAAACAAGAAUACGGAAUCGCAACGCAGAGGUACAGCGAAAAAGCGCCCAGCUCGUACCCGUCAAAAAGAAACAACUGAAGAUUCUGCUCUUAAUUCUGAAGUAGAAGAUACUCAAGCUGCAGAUACGGGAGAAGAAACUAAGAAUGUCGGAAAACCUGGACCGAGCAAGAAACUCAAAAGAGAGACUCAAAAAGGCUUUUCUUUAACAAAGCAAGACGGAAACAAUGAAAAAGAGUAUGAGGUACAGAAAAUUGUAGGUCAACGUACCAUUAAAGGUCGACGUCAAUUUUUGGUCAGAUGGAAAGGAUAUGACGAAAAUUCUGAUACAUGGGAACAAGAGAAAGAUCUGAAUUGUUUAGAAUUAAUAGAAGAGUAUUUAGCUGAAAAUGCAGAAAAUGAAGAGGAUAAUUCAAGCAAUUCAAAGCAAUUGGACAGUUCUACAAAAUCAUCCAAGAAUAAAGUAACGAAAGUAGAUAAAAAAUCUAAAAAACCUAAGAAUAAUGUAAAAAAACAAACAGAAAAUGGUAAGCAAAUAACAUUAUCAGAUGAAGAAAAAAGUGGGAAGGAUGAUCAAAAAGAAUUUGAAGUUGAAAAAAUUAUAGAAGUACAUUUUAAAAAAAAUAAAACAAAAGAAUUCUUAAUUCGUUGGAAAGGAUUUACAUCAGCAGAUGAUACAUGGGAACCAGAAGAAAACUUAAAUUGUCCAGAAUUAAUUGCUAAAUUUAUGCAAAAAGUGGAAAAAGCUAAAACUACUGAAGCACGUGAGCUUCGAGCAAAUCGUCCUCAUACAAAAAGAUAUACAUUAACUACACAUGAACAUGGAAGAAGAUUAUCUCGACGAAAUAUGGACAAACAAAGAGCUACUUAUCAUGAAUGUGACGAAUAAGUGAUUGCAGAACAGUUGAAUAACUAUGAUUACAGAAAAUUUACACAUAUAUGUUAAUGCAUGUACAUAUGUGUGAUUUGCUUUUUCAAAAAAUAUCAAUAUAAGCAGUUAACCCUUUUACAGUAUAAUAACAUGAUAGGGAGCAAUUCGAAAAGUACAUACUUUUUAUCUUCCCAGUCUUCAAUUUGCAGUAAUAAAUUAGAGAAAGUAACGUUUAUUUAUUUCAUACAUAAUAAAUUUUAAUAAUCACGAUAGUUGCAACAUAGGUUGGUAUUUGAUGGUUCGCUCCAAUCUCAUGUAUUCUAUUCUUUGAAAGGGUUAAAGAUUACUAAUGUAUGUAUUACAUAUAUAUGUAUUAAAAAUAUACAGUAUUGUCCGUGGAAGUGUGUUUCGCUAUCCUUACUAGUUUUUGGGUAGAGAAUCUGAGAAAUACUGUCGGCAUUGAAUUAUAUCGUUUACUCUCGUUGUUUCUUUUUUGUUUACUCGAAUACUUAUUAAAAUAUGUUUCCUUCAAUAAGCACUCAAAUAAGAUUCUAGAUUAUAGACACACUCACGGACAGUAUUGCUAUCUUCUUAUGUUAUGUAUAUGAUUUGAUGAUGAAAAAUUCUAAUUUCUAAAAAUUUACCAUUAAAAUAAAUUUAUUAAGAAAAUAUAUGUUAUUUAAUAUCAGAUAUUUCUAAUAUUUUGUAUUUCACUCAAUACGCAUAUAUAUGCAUAUACUUAUAUACAUAUAUCACUUCAUUAAUAUUUUGUGUUAUAUACGUAAGAAUAAAAUAUUUUAAAAUAUGGCAAAAAUAUUAAAAAUAUAUGUAUAUAUAUAUAUUAGUAAUGAAUAAUAUUUUAUCUAUGAACUCCAAACAAACAUUAUUCUGUUUUAUUGUAUAUGUAAUAUAAUUAUGAAUUAAGCUGCAUGAUGUUUGAGAAUAAUUUGUAAUUGAUAUAUAUAUAUCUAUAUAUAUAUA